GGUAUUCAGGAUAUUCGAAACAAUUCCAACGUGAAAUUUUUGUUUAGUCUCUUGAGCCGGUAUAAAAAGUUUAAAGUAAGCCAAAAUGACUGCCUUUGAAGAAAUGGGUGUUAUGCCUGAAAUUGGACAGGCGGUUGAAGAAAUGGACUGGAGUUUGCCCACAGAUGUGCAGUCUGAGGCCAUUCCAAUGAUACUGGGAGGUGGAGAUGUUUUAAUGGCUGCAGAAACUGGAAGUGGAAAAACAGGGGCAUUCUGUUUGCCAAUCCUUCAGAUUGUAUAUGAGACACUAAAAGAUCAACAAGAGGGAAAAGGCAGCAAGCUGUCUACCCAUCAGUCAGGUCAUACAAGCAGUGCACAUUGGAAGAUGAAUCCAUAUGAUAGAGGAGAUGCAAUGGCGAUAGACACAGAGGGCCUGUUAUGUCAGGCAAGAGAUGCCCAAGGCUGGCACGGUACCAGGAGUAACAAGGCAGUGGUGGGAGGAGGAAAGUACUACUAUGAGGCUGUUGUAACAGAUGAGGGUUUGUGUCGUGUGGGCUGGUCCACGGAUAAAGCCACACUAGAACUGGGAAUUGACAAGUUUGGCUUCGGAUUUGGAGGAACUGGAAAGAAAUCUUGGGGCAAGCAGUUUGACAGCUAUGGAGAGGCCUAUGGAAUGAAUGACACCAUUGGUUGUUACCUGGAUUUGGACAGGAUGGAGAUAAAGUGGUCCAAAAAUGGGGUGGAUUUGGGCAAAGCUUAUGAUAUCCAGCCACAUCUUAAAAAUGAGAAAUUUUUCGCAGCAGUAACACUGAAAAAUGCAGAAAUGAAGUUCAACUUUGGAAACACUCCAUUCAAAUUUCCACCCAAGGAUGGAUACAAAGCAUUGUGUAAUGCACCUUCUGAUAAUGUUGUCCAGUCCAGAAUUGUAGCAUCCGGAGCCGUGAAUGCUAAGCCAGCCUCAAAUGCGCCCCAGGCUAUCAUUAUUGAGCCUUCAAGAGAACUUGCUGAGCAGACUUUUAACCAAAUCCAGAAAUUCAAGGUUCACCUCAGCAAUCCCACAAUCAGAGAGUUGCUGAUAAUUGGUGGUGUGAAUGUAAGAGAUCAAGUAGAUGUACUGGAAACUGGAGUUGACAUUGUGGUGGGCACACCUGGUCGUCUGGAGGACCUGAUUUCUACGGGAAAAUUGGCCCUACAUCAGUGCAGGUUCUUUGUCCUUGAUGAGGCGGAUGGUCUCUUGUCUGCUGGUUAUAGUGACAUGAUAAAUCGACUUCACCAGCAGAUCCCUAAGGUCACUAAUGAUGGCAAACGUUUGCAGAUGGUCGUCUGCUCAGCUACACUGCAUUCUUUUGAUGUCAAGAAAAUGGCUGAGAGAUUAAUGUACUUUCCAACCUGGAUUGAUCUGAAAGGACAGGAUGCUGUACCAGAGACUGUCCAUCAUGUGGUAUGUAAUGUUGACCCAGAAGCAGAUACACGAUGGAAAUCCCUGAAAAGUCAUAUUGGAACAGAUGGGGUACAUUACAAUGACAAAUGCUCAUCAAAUAAUCCAUCAAGAGAAACCUUGUCUGAAGCUGUGAAGAUUCUGAAGGGAGAAUAUGUCAUCCAAGCCCUGGAUGUACACAAGAUGGAUAAAGCUCUCAUCUUUUGUCGUACCAAGCUGGACUGUGAUAAUCUGGAAAAGUACCUGCAGCUGAGAGGAGGAGGUAAAUAUUCGUGUGUUUGUUUGCAUGGAGACAGGAAACCACAGGAAAGGAAGGCUAAUUUACAGAAGUUUAAGGACAACAAAGUUCGGUUCAUGAUUUGUACGGAUGUAGCAGCCAGAGGGAUUGACAUCAGUGGUCUGCCAUACGUUAUUAAUGUGACAUUACCUGAUGAAAAACAGAACUACAUUCACCGUAUUGGGAGAGUCGGAAGGGCUGAAAGAAUGGGUCUGGCAAUAUCAUUGGUUGCUGGUGUGAAAGAAAAGGUGUGGUACCACUCCAACUGUAACACGAGAGGGAGAGGCUGCUACAACACUAACCUGACAGACCAAGGAGGAUGUUGUAUUUGGUAUGAUGAACCAAAGUUACUGUCAGAUGUACAGGAACAUUUAGAUAUUACAAUUGACAAGGUGGAUCCCAGCAUGGCUGUCCCUCUUAAUGAGUUUGAUGGCAAAGUGACGUAUGGACAGAAACGCAAAAAUACAGGUGGAGCUUAUCAAGGACAUGUGGCCUCUCUGGCUCCAGCUGUGAAAGAAUUGGCGGAAUUAGAGAAGAGAGCUCAAACUUCAUUUAUUGAUUUAAAGUACAAAAAAUUUGCCCACCGUUAGUGCUUUAUUCCCUUGUUUUGACAUUAGUACAGUGACAUUUAUAGCAAACUUUGAUGGGAAAUCUAUGAAGAAAACUCUGGGGCAUUUCAAAGUAUUACUGUAUCAACUUUGUUUCUUCCAGGAAGAUUCAUUAAAAAAUAGUUUUGCAUUGUUA